AGUCGCGAUCAGCUGAUUGUUCGCGCCCGCUGAGAAGAUGACGUUUACGAUCCCGUCGACGACGUGUUGUUUCAUGGAAAACUUUCGUAAUAAAUGUAUCUAGUGUCUGCCAAAUUUUUAUAAUCGCGAAAAAAGUUCAUAAUUGCUACGCGAGGAAGUUAUUUUUUAUAAUCUAGGCCGCGAUGAGAGUUUUCUAUUCUUUGGAAUAAUUACGUGAGGUUAUGACAGGAUCCGUUGAAUUACGUGGCACAUCGAAGGAAAACACCUCGCUGAUAUUUGCCACCUGCUGUGUCGAUAAUCCACUGAGCAUUAAUAUUUUGCAACAAAUGCGCUAACGGCUGACGUUGUACAGUUUGUCACGAGGAGACUAUGGAUAUUGAGACGGAAAAUGUGAUAAAUCUAAUAUUUCCAGAAGGUAUUCCAGAAUCCUGGAAAGAAAAUCCUAAUUUUUAUCAAUAUCUCUCAAAACUUGGAGGUUUUGAUGUCGAUCAGCUAAGUAAAGAACCUGAUCAUUUAUCUGACGAGAAAAAUGCAGUGCUCCAGACUACUCAGAAGUUGGUUUUUGCAAACUAUAAAACCUUCAUUCGAACAGCGGAAAGCUCUCGAGAAAUACUUAAUCAUUUCAAUGAAACUGAAAGUCGUCUUGAUAAACUUGUACAAAAGAUACCCGAAUUCGUGGGAAAAUGUCAAUCGUUUUGCGAUACUUCGAAGGAUAUUAAUGCGCAUCGAAGAUUAAACAGUUUAACGCUAACGCGAAAUGCGGAGCUGCUUGAAAUUCUCGAGAUGCCUCAAUUAAUGGAAUCAUGCUUGAGAAGCAAUCAAUAUAAUGAAGCACUGGAAUUGUCUCAGUACGCUCGUCAAUUAGGAAUGAAGCAUGGCGAUAUUCCUAUUAUUUCGUCUAUAGUAGCAGAGAUUGAGAGUAGCUGGUCGGGUAUGGUGGGACAAGUAGUUGGCUCUCUAAGAGGAGAUUUGCCGCUUCCACGAUGUCUUCAGCUUGUAGGUUUGUUGCGUUCCAUGGAUGCAUUUACGGAAUCGGAACUUCGUAUAAAGUUCCUUCAAGCGAGAGAUAGUUGGCUUCAAGGCUUGCUGAAUGCAAUACCGAAAGAAGAUCCUAAUCUUCACAUAGCUAAAACAAUAGAAUUAUCCAGGAUACACCUGUUCAAUAUAAUAACGCAGUACAAAGCUAUGUUUAACGAUGAUGAAUUAGUAAUUCCUGGUCGCGACUUGACAUUAAAUGAAUCCGCGAUAUUUUAUCAUUGGUUGGAGGAAAAGAUAUCACAAUUUCUUACUACAUUGGAGCAGGACUUGCCAGGUGUAACGUCUAUAGAUACCAUUUUGGGCCAGUGUACGUACUUUGGAUUAUCUUUUGGUCGAGUGGGCGUCGAUUUCACUGGUCGAAUGUCGGAUAUAUUCGUACGAGUUAUAGGUGAAAGAUUCGAACAGAAUGUUCGUAGAACGACUAGAAAGUUUGAAAAAGAUAUGGAAACAUUUACAUUAAUUAACAAAACGCAACGACUCGAUAUAAAAACGGAGACUUGUAUUAAUUCUGAAAAUCCGCCUGAACAACUGGUAGAAUUUUACCCUCUGGCUGUAUACUGCAAUGGGAUAAUAGCAGCGUUCAAUGAAUUGCGACUCUGCGCACCGGUAGCAAUAUCCACUUUGUGCACAAAAUUAUUACAAGAAUCUCUGCAUAACGUGGCGAGAGCCAUGUUGGUAUUUUACAAGCAAGAACAGCAAGCAUUUGCUGCCGCGGAACGGGAGAACAUGAUCAAGUUCACGGAAUGUUUGAGUGAACAAUUAAUACCUUAUAUACAGUACUGCAUACAUGCGAUUUUUCCACCUGUCCAAAUCGCAACGCAUUUGGGAAUAUCGGUCAGUGUACUUCAAAAAGAGGAGAUCACAUAUUUAAAUAAGCGGAGCAUAGUAGAACCUGUGGCCGCACUAUUACCUAUUAAAAAAGAUUCUUUGGCUUCGAAAUUAUCAAAUAUGCAGUCAUUAACGGCACAUAACGCAAAGAAUCUUCCCAUCGCAACGUCUUUGCCAGGAGAAACUACGGAUUCAAAGAAGGUUGCGGAGACAGAAAAAUCAAAAGAAAAUGAAUUUACUCGACAAGGAUUAAUACAGAAGCGCGAUGUACAAACUUAGCAGAAUUUCACCAAUAAUAUAAAAAGUGUUGUAUAACGUAUUUGAUAUAUAAAGAUCAAACCAUUUAAUUGUAAAUUUGGACAUAAAGAAAUUAUUUACUAUUCUACGUAUGUCAUCGAGGUAGUGUAAAUAAAAAGAUUUUUACCGUCA